CCCCGCCCUGGCCGCCGUGUCCCGCUGACCGUCGCUCUCUCUCGGUCUCAAACGGCAGCAGCGGUCGCUCCGACUCCAGAGCUCCAGAGCUCCAGCUUUCCAUGGCGACCAACUAACGGAGAAAGAAGAAAAAAAGCAGUUUUUUAACGCGUGGGCCCCGGUUAGCUCCGGUGAAGUGAGCUAACGGGCGUUUCUCUCUGAAAUGGGGUGAUGUCCGCGGACGGAGCGCGCGGUACCUUUAGCACGCGAAGCUAAACUACAGAGCGCGGGCUAACGGCCGCGAGCUAACGCGGGCUAACGUUCACCUGCGGCCGGUUACAGGCUCCGACAACCGGGAUGGAAAGUGUGAAGGAAAGCGGCUCAACUUCGUCGAUAGGCGACUCCGGUGACGCCGCGAAGCCGAGCGGGUUGACGCCGCUGUCCGCGGGGAAGAGACCCUCCAUCGGGGAGGAUGACGGCGGCGGCGGCGCGGAGGCGAAACUCUUCGGGAAGGGACUCGCAGCCACCUCCCUGCUCCAGAUCGCCAUCAGAAACGGGAUCUACCAGAACCAAGUUGCCAACGCGAUCGGCGGAGCGGCCAAAAACAUCAACAUGCCCGCCAACAUCUACAGCCUGACCUCGGUCAACAGCACCGCGUCUGUCAACUCUCUGCUGAGCCGGAGGCGGCAGAGGCACAAGCGGAAUCUGUCGCUGGGGGCUCCGCCGACCGGCAGCACGCCCGGGGUGUCCUCCUCCUCCUCCGCCGCCUCCUCCUCUGCGGAGGCCGGCCCCGCUCCCUCAGCCUCCCCGCUCAGCACCCUGAGCCUGGACAGGAGGACUUUCCUGCGGCAGAAGCAGACAAAGCAGCUCCAGGCCUCGGAUAAAACGUGGGUGAGAUCGGACCUCCGGCGGGGUUGCGUUCACGUCCACGACUGGCUCACGCCCUCCUACCCGCGGCCGGUGCUGUGCACGGCGGACACCAGCGCCAGAGAGGUGGCGGGUAAGCUGGAGGGGAGCAAAGCUGGGGCUGUGCUGAGGAUCAACUACAAAAGCAGUGCUUUGGUGGACCUGAAUGAUAACUGCAAAGACAGCAACGGGCAGGCUGAUGACGGUCUCAGUGAUGGGGUGGAUGUGAGAAAACCAGAGGAGAGCGAGCUCAAACAGUUUGAUCCUGAUGCCAAACUCUCCUCCAACUUGUUGGACGAGAAACCCGCCAGUAACUCUUCAUCCGAGGUCUAUCUGAGCGACAUCGGGGUGGACCUGAGCCUGAGCGUGGCAGACUGUUAUGGGGUCUACUCUGGCUCGGAUAUGGAGAGCAGCACCUGCGAGGACUUCAGCCCGGGUGGACCCAGAAGCACAGAGCUCCGGGACUCCCUCAGCGACGGGCUCGGUUUGGGCACAGACUCCUCGGUGCUGAGCCCGAACUGUGACAGCGCCACAGAGGGUCCUGACCCGUUUGAGAGCUCCUCAGACGAGGUGGACCUCACCUCUUCUCCAACACACUCGACAGGCACCCCAGACGCCUCCAGCGCACCCAGCCAAGUGUCAACCACGCUACACGACGCCGAAGCUGCACCCGGUGACCAAGCAGAUGCCCCCAGAUUAAUCAAAGCUCCCUCUAAAUGCCCCAGCAGCUCUCAGACUCGGCCCCUGACCAGCCAAACAUCUGUCCAGCCUGACCCGGAGAUCCCAGCGGGGAGCAGAGGAUGGUCGGAGCCCAUCAAUACCAGUCCGACCCCGGCCCUCUUCGUCCAGCUGCACGGUGGAGCCGUGCGGCGUCUGGGGGACGACGAGAGGCCUCUGCAGAUACUGAACGAGUACCUCACUAAUCUGGGGUUCGAGGACCCGUGGAGGGUGCAGGGGGAGGGGAUGAACCCGGAGAUCGGCUGCCUGAUCCGCUUCUACUUCGGUAAGCCUCGCAGCGUGGGCGGCUCUGAGCGCGUGCAGCUUUCCGGCGUGUUCAACGUGCGCAAAGGGAAGCUGGCGCUGCCGGUGAACCGCUGGUCGAAGCGUCAGGUCACGCUGAGCGGCACCUGCCUCAUCGUCUCGUCUGUGAAACACGCCCACACCGGCAAGAUGCACAUCCUCCCACUCAUCGGAGGAAAGGUGGAGGAAGUGCGGAGACACAGCCACUGUCUGGCUCUCAGCUCAGCCGGUCCUCAGAGUCAGACUUACUACAUCAGCUACGACUCCUACACAGAACACCUCCGCUGGCACCGGACGGCCUCAAAGAUCGCGUCCCAGAGGGUGAACUCGGUCGACCUGUCGUGCUGCAGCCUGGAGGAGCUGCCCGCUCAGCUCUUUUACAGCCACGACCUCACACACCUCAAUCUGAAAAACAACUUCAUUUCGCUGCACAAAGGUGUCCCGGCGCUCACCAGGUUUUGUAAACUGAGAAGCCUCAGUCUGUCGAAUAACGCCCUGUCAGAGUUUCCUCUGGCCUUGUGUGACAUCUCCUCGCUCACGGAGCUGAACUUGUCUGGAAACCGCCUCUCGUCUCUGCCCGCAGACGUGAGAAGCAUGCACAACCUGCAGACUCUUCUCCUGGACGGUAACUUCCUGAGCUCUCUGCCCGUGGAGCUGGGCUCUCUGGAGGGCCUGACCUACCUCGGCUUGUCCUUCAACUGCUUCAGCUGCGUCCCCCCCGUCCUGGAGAAGCUCCGAGGCAUGGAGAGACUCUGUCUGGCAGGGAACCAGCUCUCUGUCCUGGAUGUAGCCGGACUGCAGUGGCUGCCUGCGCGUCACAUAGAUCUCAGGCUGAACCGGCUUCAGAAGGUGACGGCGGGAAACUCGGACCAGCUGGUCCACAUCGUCCAGCUGGACCUGAGAGACACUGGCUUACGGGAGCUGGACGUCAGACCCCUCUGCAGGCUGGAGCUCCUCCGCUGUGACAGAAACACUCUCACCCUCCUCAGAGCCAGCGGCCACGCCCUGAAGAGCCUGCACGCGGCACACAACGAGCUGAAGCUGCUGGAGGUGCAGCCGGUGCCAGAGAAUCUGACUGUUCUGGAUUUGUCCUGGAACAAGCUGGGAUGUGUCCCCGAGUGGGUGUGCGAGAGCGGCAAACUGGAGGUGUUGGACGUCAACCAUAACUGCGUUACAGAGCUGCCCGUACGGCUGAUGUCCAGUGGGAGCCUGAGAAAACUGCUGGCAGGCUGGAACGAAGUGUGUCGGCUGGCUGAGAGGCUGGAGAGGUCACUGCUCGAGGUCCUGGACCUCCAACACAACCACCUGACUGAGCUCCCGCACAACCUGUUCAUCAAAGCACAGAGCCUGCGAUACCUAAAUGUGUCGGCCAAUAAGCUGGAGAGCCUCCCUGCAGCCAGCCUAUCGGACGACAGCUUCAGCAGCCUGGAGGAGCUCUACGUGACCAAUAACAGCCUGACAGACAAAUGUGUCCCUCUGCUGACUGGACACGGCCACCUCAGGGUGCUGCACCUCGCCUACAACCAGCUACAGACCUUCACAGCCAGUAAACUGGCACGUCUGGAGCAGCUGGAGGAGCUGGACCUGAGCGGCAACAGACUGCGGGCCGUGCCCACCACCAUCCUCAGCUGCCAGCGGAUGCACACGCUCUCCGCCCACUCCAACUGCAUCAACGCGUUCCCCGAGGUCCUGCAGCUGCCGGAGAUCAAGUGCGUCGACUUGAGCUGCAACGAGCUGACCGAGGUCGCUCUGCCCGAGACGCUUCCCCAGAAGCUUCAGGAGCUCGACCUCACGGGCAACCCCCGCCUCAACCUGGACCACAAGAGCCUGGAGCUGCUCAAUAAUAUCAAAUGUUUCCGGGUGGAUCCGUCACCUUCGGCUCCGUGUGUGAACGAGAGCCACGGGGCCCCUGCAGUCUGGAGUCACGGCUACACCGAGGCCUCCGGAGUCAAAAACAAGCUCUGCGUGGCCGCUCUGGCGCUCGACAGCUUCUGCGGGAUUCGUGAAGCUCUGUACGGAGUUUUCGACGGAGACAGGAACGUGGAGGUGCCUUACCUGCUGCAGUGCACCAUGGGAGACGUGCUAGCAGAGGAGCUUCACAGGGGCCAGAGGCAGGAAGACUACAUGACCAACACUUUCCUCACCAUGCAAAGGAAACUGGGCACGGCGGGCCAGAGGAUGGGCGGCUCGGCGGCUCUGUGUCACAUCAGACACGACCCGGUGGCUCCCGGCGAGCACGGCGGCUGCUUCACGCUGAAGGCCGCCAACGUCGGAAGGUGCCAGGCUGUUCUGUGCCGCGACGGCAAAGCUAUGCAACUGUCCACCACGCACACGGUCACAGAGGAGACGGAGUAUCGGAGGGUCCGGCAGCACAACGCCAUCAUCACCGAGGACAACAAAGUGAGCGGUGUGACCGACUCCACCAGAAUCAUGGGCUACUCCUUCCUGUGCCCGUCUGUGACCCCCAGACCCCACGUCUCCACGGUGACCCUCACCCCGCAAGACGAGUUCUUUGUCCUGGGCAGCCGGGGCUUGUGGGACUCGUUGUCUCCCAGCGAGGCGGUGGAGGCGGUCAGAAACGUACCGGACGCUCUGGCCGCCGCGAAGAAGCUGGUGACUCUGGCUCAGAGCUACGGCUGCUCCGACAGUCUCAGCGCCGUCGUCGUCCAGCUCAGCAUUACAGAGGACUGCUGCUGCUUCUGCGAGCCGCCGCCUCCGCCCCCGAGCCCCGGCCUGGGCGCGCACGCCAGCACGCACCCCUACUCUGCGAGCGGCGACGGCGGCAUACCGCUGCCGCCGGCCUCCUCGGGGACGGUGAGCGAGUUGAGCAGCGAGUUCAGCACGUCUGAGAUGAGCAGCGAGGUGGGAUCGACGGCGUCCUCGGAGGAGCCUCCGCCUCAGACCGAGCCGCUGGCGUCCCACCUGAACCCGCUGGGGCGAGCCGGCGUGCGGAGGCCUGCCUGUGGGGGCGGGAGCUUCCACAGGCAGUUCUCCGGAGCUCUGUCCGAUAACGGGGUCGACAGCGAGGACGAGGAGCCCAUCGCCGGCGUCUUCUCCAACGGCAGCCGCGUAGAGGUGGAGGCUGACGUCCACUGUCUGCACCGCCACGACUGCUCAGCACAUGGUCACGCUCAAACAAGCACAAACAUCCCUCCUGCCGCCGCCGCCGCCACCUCACAUCACGAACCUUCUCCUCUUCCCUUCUGCUCCCCGUCUCCUUCCCCCGUCCCUCCCUCGUCGCCCUGCCUCAGCAGGGAGGCUCUGUCGGGGACUCUGGGCCGCAGGGCUCGAGCUAAUGGCUCCGUGGCCUGCCAAGGAAGGAACCAGGACCUCAUAGAGGAGGCGGCCGACGCCCCGGUAAGAAAACAAGGAGGCUACUUCAACGCCCCUGCCCAGCCGGACCCCGACGACCAGCUCAUCAUCCCGCCGGAGCUGGAGGAGGAAGUCCGGCAGAUCAUCCAGCAGCAGCAGCAGCAGCAGCAGGAGCAGAUCCAAACACACAACCAGCAAGCACACAGCUACCAGAAACCUGCAGACUACUUCGUCACGCCCCUCUAACUUCACCCCCCACCCACCCACAACUGCUGGUGUCAACGUCUCAUCCAGGAUGUCAGAUUCAGGGAUGGAGGACUGUGGAAUCAGGACUCGGUGGUCUUGAUGCUCUGCACUGCUUUAAGUCACCGCUGAACACUUUUUUGUUAUUUCCUUUUAUUUUCUACCGUUAACUCUUUGCCCCCCCUUGAAACGCGAUGCAAUUUUUUUUAUAACACUCGGCGUUGAUUAAAUCUUCACGAUUGAUUUUUUACCAUAUCUUUAAUUUGAAGAAGCACUUUGAAUGCUUUUUAUUAGACUAAUCCUACGUUUAGAUGGUACUUCUUUUUUUUUUUGAGAUUUGGACCAUUCAGUUUUUGUGUUGUAGCAGACGUUUCUCCUCCCCCCCCCCCACCUGUCCGUCGCGGCUCCAGGCCUUACAGUUGUCGUCGGAGUUAGUAAAACUGUUAAAACUAACUCCUAGGAGUUUAAUACUUUUAAAGUGACCUAGUCACUGAAACGUACUAAUGUUCUCUGAGAGAAAAAAAAGAUGUAGUUUCAAACGGCUGAUGUUCCAGGUGUGUGCAGAGUUCAGAGUGGUGCUGCAGUGGUGAGUGAAAUGCUGAACGGGGGGAGGGCGAGGCCGGGGUCGGACAGUUGUUACCAGCUCAAUGAAUGUUCUCAGAACAGUGUUACAGACUUCUUGACAACAGCAAACCGCACAAGAGAGCUACUUUUGCUAUAUAAUAAAUGAAAGUUUUCAGAUAACCGCAA